AUGAAGAAUCUCCUGAACGGUAAAGCAUGGGCUAAUCGAUCGCAACAAGCACUACGUAACCCAACAAUGCCAUCUAUUGAAUUCCAAACUCGUCUAACCAAAACUGUUGAUCAUUUCGGUCACGUAUCUGUUCAACCUAUAAAGCUAAGUUCACAAGCGCCACCAAAACAUCAUGAUGAAUAUACUGUUGUUGAUAAAGUAAAAGAAACACAAACAGGUAGAUGGGUUUUACAAGUUAUAGAAGGAAGAGAAGUGAAUCGAAAGCCGAGUGUAGCUCAUAAUAAUUUUUGGUAUGCAGAUACAAAACAAGAAUCAAAUAAUGUAAAUCGAUUGCCUAAUGAAACCAUAAUAAAUCCAGCAUCAAUUCACAAUGGUCGACCUACUCCUCUAUCGCGUUUCUCUAGUGCAACACAGAUUCAUGAUAUUGAAUCAUUAGAAACAUCGGUGGCAUCACCAAGAGCAAAAUCAAUCAGUGGAUCAGGAGAUUGUUCAACGGAAGAAUUUAGGGACAGUGAUAAGAAUACAUGGAUGUCGAAACGUAUCUUGAUUAUAAUUACGAUAAUAUCAAUACUUCUCGUUAUUGGUAUUUUUGUUGCACUUUUUGUUACGAUUUUCGUUGUUCACAGCGGUUCUACUGACUCUACUAAUUCAAGUGGAAAGAGUUUAGAGCUCAAACUAAUAUCAAUUCCAUUAUCUUCAGAAAAUCGCACGCUAUGCUCUAUGGAAAUGUUCAAUAUAACUGACCCUCUAUGCACCGGACAAGCUUCUUAUAAUUUUUUUUCAUGUUAUCAAAUGGCAACAUCAACCUCAUAUACCAUUCGAUUUACUUUUCAACAUGAUACAGAAUCUGGCCAUUGGUAUUUUGAUGAUAUUAGCGCAAUACAAAAUAAUAGUGUUCAACUUAUAACAAAUGGUGGAUUCGAAGCGAAUUUAACUGAAUGGAUACUCAAUAUUUCAUUAAAUUCGACGCCAAAUACUUAUGUUGAUACAACAACAGGUUUAGCUCACACGGGUGAUGGUUAUUUGUACGGAGCUUCAAAAUAUUACCCGACUUAUGUACAGCAGAUAUUUAAUGUUGUUCAAAAUGAAUAUAUUGAAAUAGGCUUUUGGUGGAAAUAUGAUCAAGGAUCAAAUUUAGGUAGUACAUGUACAGCUAUUGGACAAUUGAUACCAUCAUUGUGA